GCUGCUAGCGACCAAAUGAGCGUUCAACAAUCUGUGUGCCAAUGUAUAAGCCAUUGCCUCAUAACGCAAAACGCGUUUUGUUGCAUUCAUUCAUUCGUAUAUAAAAGCUACAACUUGAAAUACAAUGCAAGUGAUUAGAGAAUCGCUAUAUUUAGCAUUUAGCAAACGCGAUUGUAAAUUGUAAAUAAAAAAUAACACAUCGUCACUCGAAAUUAAAUUAGGGUUCUGCGAAUGGGAGCGUGUUUGUCUGAUUUGAAGGGAGGGAAGCAAGCGGUGGGAGGCGGCGGAGUAGGGUUCCCUCAAACUGUAACAGUCCCUGGCACUAGCACCGGCAACAAUGGUGGGGGUGGGGCCAACGACGCCGUCGAUCUCUUCUACACGGCGCAAGGUUUUCAAGCAAUGUUCACCAGAGUUGAGUUAACUCUUUCAGCAUGCAACUUGCUUGAUCGGGACAUUGCAUCCAAGAGUGAUCCCAUGGUUGUUGUAUAUGAAAAGAAAAGAGAUGGUAUAUUGCAAGAAUUAGGUCGCACUGAAGUCAUAAUGAAUUGUUUGAAUCCAGAGUGGAUUGUGAAAGUUAGUGUUGCAUUUCAGUUCGAGGUUGUGCAACCACUUGUAUUUCAAGUGUAUGACAUUGAUACAAAGUACCAUAGAAUUCCUGUGAAGACAAUUAAUCUGAAAGAUCAAGAUUUUCUUGGAGAGGCCACAUGCACUUUGUCAGAGAUAGUGACUAAACAAAGCCGGAGCGUGACCUUAAGGCUCCAAAACAGAACUGGACGAGGUGGUUUAAUAAGAAACCUAGGGGCAAUUACUGUGCAUGCUGAGGAGACUGCUGCUGCAAAGAGUGCUGUUGAGAUGAUCUUCCGCUGUUCACACUUGGAUAACAAGGACGUUUUUUCUAAAAGCGAUCCUUUUCUUAGAAUAUCAAGAAGGGUUGAGAGUGGAGGUUCUGUUCCCAUUUGCAAGACUGAAGUUAUUGACAACAAUUUAAAUCCAAAAUGGAAACCAGUUUGUCUUAGUUUCCAGCAGUUUGGAAGCAAAGAUAAUCCACUAGUCAUCGAGUGUUUUGAUUUCAAUAGCAGCGGCGAUCAUGUACUUAUCGGUAAACUGGAGAAGUCUGUGGCAGACCUUGAAAAACUGUACAACGGGAAAGCAGGUGCAAAUUUUUUCAUGCCAUCCAAACACCAUAGACAAGACAAGGUUCUUAAGGGUCAACUCUUUGUAGAUCAAUUUUGUGAAAAGGAACAGUUCACUUUCAUUGACUACAUAUCCAGUGGAUUUGAACUAAACUUCAUGGUUGCUGUAGAUUUCACUGCUUCAAAUGGAAAUCCUCAACAUUCAAAUUCUUUGCAUUACAUUGAUGUAUCUGGUCGGUUAAAUUCAUACCAAAAGGCUAUAAUGGAGGUUGGGGAAGUUAUUCAGUUCUAUGAUUCUGAUAAGCAGUUUCCUGCAUGGGGCUUUGGAGGACAUGUACCUGGUGGCGGCGUAUCCCACUGUUUUAAUCUGAAUGGAAGUUCAGGUAGCUCUGAGGUUGUAGGAGUUGAAGGGGUAAUGCAUGCUUAUGCUACUGCAUUACGCAGUGUCACACUGUCAGGACCCACGCUGUUUGGCCCAGUUAUAAACAUGGCUUCACAAAUGGCCGCCGAGUCCCUUUCAACACAUAACAGCACCAACUAUUAUGUUUUACUUAUUAUAACGGAUGGAGUUGUUACUGAUCUUCAAGAGACCGUAAAUUCUCUGGUUAAAGCAUCUGACCUUCCCCUGUCGAUUCUUAUAGUUGGAGUUGGAAAUGCUGAUUUCACAAACAUGGAGGUACUGGAUGCUGAUAAUGGGCGUAGACUAGAGAGUUCUACUGGUCGUGUAGCUACACGAGAUAUAGUGCAGUUUGUCCCUAUGAGAGAAGUACAAAGUGGGCAAAUCUCUGUUGUGCAAGCUCUUUUGGAAGAACUACCUGGACAAUUUUUGACUUUCAUGCGAUGUAGGGACAUCAAGCCAAUUCCUUUCGGUUUCCCUCAAGCAUGACGCAGCCAACAAGCUUUUUCUUCUAAAGAUAGCUGAGACUAAGGGUUGAUUGCUUUCUUUUUCUAUUUUUUACUCAUGAAAAUAGGGGAUAGUUAUAACCUGUGUAAAGGGUCAUAGUUAUCUUUGGGAUUUAUAACGUAGUUUUCUCGUCAUAUGCUAUGGAUAUUUUCUUAUAUAACAUGAUUUGUUCACUUUCAUAA